AUGCCGCUCGCCGCCCGCACGGCCGUCACGUCGCUGAAGCGCGCCAUGUACAUUGGCGCGCACGUCUCGGGCGCCGGCGGCGUGCAGAACGCCAUCGACAACGCCGCGUCGAUCGGCGCCAACGCGUUCGCGCUGUUCCUCAAGUCGCAGCGCAAGUGGGCGUCGCCGCCGCUCGCCGCCGACGCGCGCGCGCAGUUCGUGUCGCGCGCCGCCGAGCACGGCUACGACGCGGCGGCGCACGUGCUGCCGCACGGGUCGUACCUCGUCAACCUCGCGCAGGCCGACGACGCCAAGGCCGAGCAGGCGUACGGCUGCUUCGUCGACGACCUCGCGCGGUGCGACGCCCUCGGCGUGCGCCUAUACAACUUUCACCCGGGCAACACGGGCGGCGCGCCGCGCGCGGCCGCCUGCGCGCGCAUCGCGGCCCAGCUGAACCGCGCCCACGCCGCCACGACCGCCGUCGUCACGGUGCUCGAGAACAUGGCCGGCGCCGGCAACGUCGUCGGCACGCGCUUCGAGGACCUGCGCGACGUCAUCGCCCUCGUCGACGACAAGGACCGCGUCGGCGUCUGCAUCGACACGUGCCACGCCUUUGCCGCCGGCUACGACAUGCGCACGCCCGACGCCUUCGCCGCCACCAUGACCGCCUUUGACGACAUUGUCGGCCUCCAGUACCUCAAGGCCCUGCACCUCAACGACAGCAAGGCCCCGUUUGACUCGCACCGCGACCUCCACGCCAACAUCGGCACCGGCUUCCUCGGCCUGCGCGCCUUCCACUCCAUCGUCAACUAUGCUCCCUUUGCCGGCCUGCCCAUGGUGCUCGAGACGCCCAUCGACCGCAAGGGACCCGACGGUAAGUCGGUCGAGGACAGGCAGGUCUGGGCCGACGAGAUCAAGCUGCUCGAGAGCCUCAUCGGCAUGGACGCCGAGAGUGACGCCUUUGCCGCCCUCGAGCGCGAGUUGCAGGACAGGGGUGCCGGGGAGAGGCAGAAGAUCCAAGACCAAGUCGACAAGAAGACAGCCAAGGAGACGAAAAAGGCGGCGCCCAAAAAGGCGGCUGCCAAACCCAGGGGGCGGAAGAAGAAGGAGGAGACGGACGACGAGAGCGACUGA